GUAUAUUUAAUGAUGUCGGUGGAAUGGGUGCAGAUCGAGGUGUAGAUGGCAGUGCCACCACGGCUUUCAGUACAUCAACAUGUACUCAUACAAAGAAUGAGACAAAUCCCACCUGGACUGUGAACCUGAACACUUCAGUUCCAGAGAAGAUACAACACAUCAGACUCUAUCUACGUGAGGCCAAUCUGGACAGAAACAACGGCAUGGAGAUACUUGUGGGCAGCCAGAUGUGCUACAACUGGUCAUCAACUGAACAUCCUCCUCCUAUAGCUAACGUCACCUGCCGCCAGCCACUGACAGGAACCACGGUCACUAUACGGAUACCUGGUUCACUGAAAUUCCUUACUUUGUGUGAAGUGCAGAUAUUUGUUUGCAGUGGUGGGUGGUUUUCUGAAGAUUGUGACAAACAGUGCCGCUGCCUUAAGAGUAAUGAUGUAUGUGACAAGAUCACUGGGCGCUGUUCUAGUGGAUGUUUCCCAGGAUACCAUGGUGUCGACUGCCAAACAGUAUGUCCAGAUGGUUUCUUUGGUAUCAACUGUGCCUCAGUGUGUGGAAACUGUCUGGGUGGUGUAAUCUGUGAAAAGACAAGCGGGGCCUGUCCUGGAGGAUGUGCAGCAGGAUGGAUGAAUGACGACACAAAGUCAUGUCGGCAACCAUGUCCCGAUGGUUCCUGUGGUAUCAACUGUGCCUCCCAGUGCGGAAACUGCGUCAAUGGUGUUAGCUGUGACAAAACUACAGGCCUGGGAGUACUUUAUCAUUACGACUAA